AUGAGCUUGCCGAGGCUCCGCGUACAGACCCUGCUCGCCGCCAUCGUCGCCGAGGCCGCCCUCGCUCACGCUGUGGUGCUGCCCUGGCGGCUAGCCGGGUCCGACAGUGGACGCUCUGCGCAGGAGCCCCCGACCCAGCGGGAGGCCGACGCCCUGCGCCUCCCAGGAUCCCCCGACCCUCCGGGCUCCCGGGCCCCCGCGCCCAGGGCCCGGGGUGCCGCCCCGAGCGGCGAGGGCCCGCCGGAGCCGCGCGCGGGCGCGGGGCGCGCGUCCCCCGGGGCGCACGGGGCCAGCCGGCUGGGCGAGCGGGGGCACCUGCGGAGGCACGGGAGCACGUUCAAGAAGGUGAAGCCUCUGAUUCGGAUCCCGGGCAACGUGUCCAGGUGGCAGCAUCCGCUCAACUUGGUGGAGGAGCUGGGCUUCCACAAGCAGCUUGGGGGUUCCUUCUCGCUGAUGUGCACGCUGCAGCUGGAGCAGAUCGCCCCUUGGCAGCGGGUAUUCGACUUCUCAUUCGCG